AUGAGCCACAGCACCCUUCCCGACAGCAACAACGCGCUUGUCCAGAAUGCGCCGCCUCUUGCAGCAACCAAGGGCACCUCUCCCAUGCCUCUAGAAGGUCCAACUGUAUCCUCGCCUCCUUCAGCCUCUCGAACUUCGCAGAAAGAUGCUCCCGAGGUCAAGAACAACGAUGCCUUGGACGUCGAGAAUGACUCCGAGGCUGAGACUUUGAUCGUAUCGCCUGUUAAGAAACGCGAUAUGCUCAAGCAAUCAAAUUCCUCCCAAGCUCUAGAAAGUAUUGACGAGAUUCCCGAGAAGAUUGCCAGCCAACAAGGAGAGAUUCUAGCACAACCUGCUCGUGGAACCUCGAGCGAUAGGGCCCAAACUAACGGCGAUAAGCCACAGAAAGAUGAAGAUCCACUUGUCGAACAGGACACCAAGCUGGACGAACAACAUACCAACACCAAUGGAGACAACCAGGACAGCGAUAGUGACAAUUUGAGCGAGGUGUCCUCAGUGCAAUCAUUUGAGGGCGAAAAUAGAAACGAGAAUGAAGCCAACAACAACGAUAACGACGAAGACGAUGAUGAAGAUGAGGAUGCAAGAUCAUGGGCAUCUGACAAGGACGACGAAGAACGAGCAUCAAAUCCACGGAAACGCAAGCAUUUAGAUGUGGACCAACCACGGAGGAAAAGGAGGUCCAGCCAAGAGCACUCAUCUUCUCCACAGUUGCGUAGACACCGGCGGACUGCUUCAGCGCAAUCAGCACGGCCCAGCCAGAGCCGGAGUAACAGCGGACAACAUUUGCAUACAGCCGGCGUGGCACGGCAACGACGCGCCGCUACUCAUUUUCCGGUCCGCGAUAACAUGCUCACAAGGAACGUCUGGGACUCGGACACUUCUUCUGAAACAUCACAUCAAUACCCCAAGAGCAGGCUUACUCGAAACACCAGCAGAGCUGUUUCAACACCAGGUCGACCAAUGGGUUUGGCAAAGCGGCACGUCAACAAAUACGGCUUUACUCGCCUGGCCGAAGCAUGCGAGAACGGCGAUCUUGACGGUGUCAAAGAGUGGCGCGCGAAAGAUCCUGAACAACUCGAACAGCGCGAAUUUGCAGGAAAUACGCCACUACAGGUUGCUUCCCUCAAUGGAUACCCUGAGAUCGUGAGUUACUUGCUCGAACAGGGUUGCAAUCCACAUUGCGCGAACGCGGACAAAGAUACACCUCUUAUUGAUGCGGUCGAGAACGGCCAUCUCGACGUUGUUCAAAUUCUACUAAAGGCUGGAAUCAACCCUCUUCACUGCAAUCUGAAAGGCCAACAAGCGCUCGAUGUUAUUACCAAAGAGACCGACAACGCCACAGAAAUUCGUGCUGCUCUACGCGAAGCUAUUGAAGACUGGAACAAGAAUGGCAGAUCCGAACAAACAUACAAUGUUGAGGAACCCGCUUCAAGGCCUGGACCAAAACAAGGACUUCAAUUUCUUGCACGCACAUACGAGAACCUUCUUAAGCUCGUUAGCGAGAACGAUAGGACAGCCGUCCAAGAGUUCCUGGAUGCCCGGGUGCCUGUUGACAAUAACGUUGUAGCGGCAGCAGCAAAGACUGGCGAUCUUUACCUAGUGAACAUGCUUCUGGCCGAGAUGACCCCUAAGAAGGCUCGUCAAAGGGCUGAUAGACCCAUGCUUUCUGUCAUUGGAACUUCCCACUUUGAUAUGGUCAAGGCUCUUACUGAACUCGAUCAAUUCGAACCCACAUGGCGCUCUAAGAGCAGUAACUUGACGUGGUACGAGAUUGCCGAGUCCAAGCAGGGCCCAAGGUGGAGAGAGGAGAAAGCGCUUCUGCAAAAGCUAUACGAGAAGGCUGAGAAUGCCAGAAAACUCAGUUCUAGUCCGGUCGCCCGACGCGAGCCCACCAAGAAACGACGAAGAAGCGCGGAACGCCAGCAUGAUUCUGAUGUGGAAAUGGAAGACGCCGAGUCACCUGAAAGAGCACGAAGCAGAAGACGAUUGGUCUCUAAGAAGGAUAUGCAAACUGGCAGAAAAGUUGCGCAAAGACGAACAGGCCCGGAAGAGGAGGAGGCUGCGCGACGCAAAGAAGCCGAGCGUAAGGCUGAGGAGAUACGUCAGAAACACGAGCGAAAGCUGGCAGAAGACCGUCGUCUGGAUCGGGAGAGAAAGAUUCAGGCCCUUCCAAGUGCUUUGGCCCAUGUCAUCGGUCUGACAGACGUUCGUGGAAAGGAACGACAGACGUACAUCCAAAGACACUUCCUUCCUGUUCAGGUUGUCAAGCGAGCAGAUUUGGGAGAGCUGCCGGAUGAGGGCAAGCCCGACGAUUUAUGGAUGCUCACUUACCAGGCUGCCGCGGUACUCACAGGCAAAGAUGCAGAUACUCUUCUGGGUCUUCCGCUUGAUACGAAGGCAAAGCCAUCACCACUUGCUGCAGUCUCAACGUCUGAGGUGACUGAAGAGCAGCGUCGAUUGAUGUUGGCAUGUCUUCAGUCAACUACCCUGGUACAUGGACUUCCUUUGAGUGAAGACAGCGAACCUGCGGAAACAGGAAAUCUUUUGGCCGAGCUUGCAGAAGCCGAGAGGAUUCAACAACGCAUCAAGGAAGACCGAGCCAAAUUCCUGAACAUGGCCUCCCUGCGCUGGAUGCGGUUCAGCGACUUCUACAAUAUUGCAACAUCAGUCGAGUGUCCUCACCUGGCCGGACUGGACAUUCAGAUGAGGUUUGACUGCUGUUUGGACCCGAUCCCUUUCUCAACAGACAUCAAGACAAGCAACGGCACGAACGAGCACGACAAGGACAAGGAGCGAGUCAACGGCACGAACGGCACCGAUGAACGGAGCCUUUCCGCGGCAGGACCCGGAGUUACGACGAUUACGGUUGUACAGGAUUGA